ACGUAGCAUCGAGUAGUAUCGAGCAUGAAAUAGAAGCAUCACAAGGUUUAACAAAUUAAAGUUAUACAAAUAAAUUACAACAAAAUGGCUUCCGUGCUACGUUCCGUGUGUGUUAUUAGUUACAAAUGAAUUAAGCUGUUGGCUUUUGUUUUUUUUUUUAAAGAAUGCCUACAUCGCCUUUUUAGUUGUGUGUGUCGCUCCAAGUAUAAAAAAAACAAGUUCCAGCCAGGUGUAAAUUUAACGUAUAUCCAACAUAUGGUCACACGCAACAAAAUUAUCACCCGUUGUAGAGAAUCGUAAAACAUCUUUUAUAUCGAGCGUCAGAAUGUUUAAUAUAUAAUAUAUAAAUAUAAUAAUAAUAAUUUCUCGUAAGGAAUUGUCCGGAAACAGCUGCUAUAGUUACCGGCAUGUUACACGGUUAAAACUCUGCAAAAAUAAAAAUAAACACAACUUACCCACAACAUUUUAUCAUAACAAUGGCGCGUUGCGUGUAACAGCAACAGCAAGAACAGAAAUGAAACAAGGCCAUGACGCGGCGAUCUCUGUCCAAACAACAUACCAAUAUCUGCACUGAUAAUUGGCGUUGCAGUUAUUUGUGUAAUAAAAUGCAAUAUACUUGGGCUUAGGAAAACUUAAAUUUUUGCGUCGUACGGACGAUUAGAGUUUUUUCUCCGAUUUGAUUUCCAAUGAUUUUAUGUCGGUGCGUGUAAAAUGACUCGUCGUCAAUACAGAAGUGAUCAUAGUAAUAUUAAGUUUAAACAAUUGUGUAAAAUAAAACCAACAAAAUGCAGCAGAAUUUUCCACUUCGAUUACGUGAUAAGCAUUUUCAUCAUUUGCUGCUGCAUCUCUAGAAGUUUUCAGUAUAAAAAUGUGCACGGACUAUCUGCUCCUUCCUCAGUGGUAUCCACAUCAUCCAAUGCUCAACAGUUCAUAAAUACACCAGCAACGCUUCUAUUCACUACUCGGCACGACAUACAAGUGGCUAACAUAACAAAGCCAACGGGUGGUCCUCAAGUCGAUGUGAUUGUUAAAGAUUUGGCUGAUGCAAUGGCCAUUGACUUUUACUAUGCCAAAAAUUUGGUGUGUUGGACGGACUGCGGCCGUGAAAUUAUAGAAUGUGCUUCGACAAAUUCCUCCCAGCCACUGGCCAAGGCUGCCAAACAAACUGUGAUAUCGACGGGUCUAGAUAAACCGGAGGGUCUUGCUAUCGACUGGUAUACGGAUAAAAUCUAUUGGACAGAUGGCGAAAAAAAUCGCAUUGAAGUCGCAACAAUGGAUGGUUGCUACCAAAAGGUCCUUUUCUGGACGGAUCUGGAUCAGCCACGAGCUAUAGCCGUAGUACCCGCAAAGCGGCUACUGAUUUGGACAGAUUGGGGGGAGUAUCCUAAAAUUGAACGUGCUGGAAUGGAUGGAGAUCCUUUAACACGUAUGACUCUAGUAAAAGAAAAUGUGUUUUGGCCAAAUGGCAUAGCUGUCGAUUUACAAAGUGAACUAAUAUACUGGACGGACGGCAAGUAUCGUUUCAUUGACGUCAUGAAGCUUGAUGGAAGUAAUCGACGAACUAUAGUUAACAAUCUGAAGUAUCCAUUUAGUUUAACAUACUUUGAAAAUCGCUUAUACUGGACAGACUGGUUACGUGACUCUCUAAACGCAUUAGAUUUACAAACUAAGGAGCUGAAGGAGCUUAUUGAUACGACAAAGGCGCCCAACUCGGUUCGUGCAUGGUCGCCGUCGCUGCAACCUUUUGAAAAUAAUCCAUGCACUCAGAAUAAUGGCAACUGCUCACAUUUGUGCUUACUUUCGACCAACACUCAAGGCUAUAGCUGCGCCUGUCCCACGGGCGUAAAACUGUUGACUUCCAAUAGCUGCGCCAAUGAUUCGCAGGAAAUGUUAUUCAUAGUUCAACGCACUCAGAUUAGCAAAAUUUCACUUGAUUCGCCCGAUUACACCAUUUUUCCUUUACCUCUGGGUAAAGUCAAGUACGCUAUUGCUAUUGAUUAUGAUCCCGUAGAUGAACAUAUUUACUGGUCUGAUGUAGAGGCUUACACUAUUAGGCGGUCCCAUGUAGAUGGUAGUGGGAUUACUGACUUUGUUACCUCUGAGGUACGACACCCAGAUGGAUUGGCAUUAGAUUGGCUGGCACGCAAUCUUUACUGGACGGACACUGUGACCGAUCGCAUUGAGGUAUGUCGCUUGGAUGGAUCAGCACGUAAGGUGCUUAUCUACGAGCACCUAGAAGAACCGCGUGCCAUUGCUGUGGCUCCGUCACUUGGCUGGAUGUUUUGGAGUGACUGGAACGAGCGCAAACCCAAAGUUGAACGCGCUUCUCUUGAUGGCUCGGAACGUGUUGUACUUGUAUCAGAAAAUCUUGGUUGGCCCAAUGGCAUUGCAUUGGAUAUUGAACAUAAAACAAUUUACUGGUGCGAUGGAAAAACCGAUAAAAUAGAGGUAGCCAAUAUGGAUGGAUCGGAUAGACGUGUGGUAAUCAGCGAGAAUCUCAAGCAUUUGUUUGGACUAAGCAUCUUGGAUGAUUAUCUUUACUGGACAGAUUGGCAACGUCGCUCCAUUGAUCGGGCGCAUAAAAUCACUGGCAAUAAUCGUAUUGUUGUAGUCGAUCAAUAUCCUGAUCUAAUGGGAUUGAAGGUAACGCGGCUUCGUGAGGUGCGUGGGCUAAAUGCCUGUGCUGACCGUAACGGUGGCUGCUCUCAUCUGUGCCUAAAUCGUCCACGGGACUAUGUUUGCCGUUGUGCCAUCGAUUAUGAACUAUCGAAUGACAAACGCACAUGUGUAGUACCAGCCGCCUUUCUAUUAUUCUCUCGUCAGGAGCAUAUUGGUCGGAUAUCUAUUGAAUACAAUGAGGGCAAUCACAAUGAUGAGCGUAUUCCCUUUAAAGAUGUACGUGAUGCGCAUUCGCUAGAUGUGUCUGUGGCUGAGCGGCGUAUUUAUUGGACGGAUCAAAAGGGUAAAUGCAUAUAUCGUGCAUUUCUUAAUGGAUCCUUUGUACAGCGCAUUGUAGAUUCUGGUCUGAUUGGACCUGAUGGAAUUGCCGUUGAUUGGCUUGGACACAAUAUAUACUGGUCGGAUGCAGAGGCACGGCGCAUUGAAGUGGCUCGUCUCGAUGGAAGCAGUCGCAGGGUACUCCUCUGGAAAGGUGUGGAAGAACCUCGAUCUCUUGUACUAGAGCCUCGACGUGGGUAUAUGUACUGGACAGAGUCUCCAUCCGAUUCUAUUCGCCGCGCUACAAUGGAUGGGAAUGAGUUACAAACAAUUAUAGCGGGUGCUAAUCACGCCGCAGGUUUAACUUUUGAUCAGGACACUAGACGUCUUUACUGGGCAACGCAAUCGCGACCAGCAAAGAUUGAGUGUGCCGACUGGGAUGGAAAACGUCGACAGUCGCUAGUAAAUAGUGAUAUUGAUGAGCCUUAUGCUGUGUCUCUGUAUCAAGACUAUAUUUAUUGGAGUGACUGGAACACGGGAGAUAUUGAGCGCGUGCACAAAGUAACAGGACAAAAUCGCAGUCUUGUGCACUCUGGAAUGACAUACAUUACUUCACUGUUGGUUUUCAAUGAACAGAGGCAGACGGGCGGUAAUCCCUGUAAAUUAAAUAAUGGCGACUGCCAACAUUUAUGUCUUGCUCAGCCCAGUAGACGUGGUAUGACUUGUGCUUGCCCCACACACUACCAGCUGGCCAAGGAUGGCGUCUCUUGCAUACCGCCAAAAAAUUACAUUAUCUUUAGUCAGCGCAACAGCUUUGGCCGCUUGCUUCCAAAUACAACGGAUUGCCCCAAUGUGCCAUUGCCAGUGUCAGGCAAGAAUAUAAGAGCUGUUGAUUAUGAUCCAAUAACGCAUCAUAUAUACUGGAUCGAAGGACGCAGUCAUAGCAUUAAAAGGUCUUUGGCAAAUGGUACCAAGACAACUGUGCUAGUCAAUACUGGUCAACCAUUCGACAUUGCCAUAGACAUUAUUGGUCGUUUGCUCUUUUGGACGUGCUCAUACUCCAACAGCAUUAAUGUAACCAGCUUUCUUGGAGAGUCAAUCGGUGUAAUUGACACCGGAGAUUCAGAAAAGCCCCGUAACAUUGCUGUGCAUUCUAUAAAGCGUUUGAUUUUUUGGUCGGAUGUGGGCAGCCAUCAAGCAAUUAUAAGGGCUCGUGUUGAUGGCAAUGAGCGCAUGGAACUAGCUUACAAGCUUGAGGGUGUUACGACGAUUGCCUUAGAUCAGCAGAGUGAUAUGAUAUAUUAUGCGCACGGAAAGCGAAUUGAUGCAAUGGAUAUAAAUGGGAAGAACCUAAAAACACUUGUGUCUAUGCACAUAUCACAAGUUAUCAACAUUGCGGCGCUAGGUGGAUUUGUCUACUGGUUGGAUGACAAAACAGGAGUGGAACGGAUCACAGUGACGGGGGAACGUCGCUCAGCGGAGCUUCAGCGACUACCACAGAUUACGGAUAUCCGUGCAGUGUGGACGCCUGAUGCAAAACUGCUCCGCAAUCAUACCUGCUUACAUAGUCAUACAAAGUGCUCACAUAUUUGCAUAGGAAACGACGAAGAUGAGCGGCACCCACGAGAUAUUUGUUCCUGCCCCAAGCAUUUAAUGUUGCUCGAGGACAAGGAAAACUGUGGUGCUUUGCCUGCCUGUGGGCCUGGUCACUUCACCUGUGCAGCGCCAGUGGCAGGAAAUAGUGAUAUGAACAAGGACUGCAUACCAGCAUCAUGGCGUUGUGACGGCCAAAAAGAUUGCCCCGAUAAAUCUGAUGAAAUUGGAUGCCCUUCUUGCCGAGCGGAUCAGUUCAGCUGUCAAUCUGGAGAGUGUAUUGACAAGUCUCUUGUUUGCGAUGGAACUACAAACUGUGCUAAUGGGCAUGAUGAAGCAGACUGUUGCAAGCGGCCAGGUGAAUUUCAAUGUCCUAUAAAUAAGCUCUGCAUCUCUGCGGCUCUACUUUGUGAUGGCUGGGAAAACUGUGCAGACGGAGCUGAUGAAUCUGCAGAUAUUUGUUUACAGCGUCGAAUGGCCCCAGCAUCCGACAAGCGUAUUUUUAUGAUAUUAAUUGGUGCCACAAUGAUAAUCAUAUUUUCAAUUGUUUAUCUGCUACAAUUUUGUCGAACGCGCUUAGGUAAAAGCCGCUCAGAGCCCAAGGAUGAUCAGGCCUCAGAUCCUCUGUCGCCCUCGACACUGACUAAAUCACAAAGAGUUUCGAAAAUUGCCUCUGUAGCAGAUGCGGUUCGGCUGUCGACACUAAACUCUCGAAACAGUAUGAACUCGUAUGAUCGUAAUCACAUAACAGGUGCCUCUAGCUCAACGACUAAUGGCAGCAGUAUGGUAGCUUAUCCAAUAAAUCCACCACCUUCGCCCGCAACGCGUUCACGUCGUCCUUACAGGCACUACAAGAUCAUUAAUCAGCCUCCUCCGCCCACACCGUGCUCAACGGAUAUUUGUGACGAAUCAGAUUCAAACUAUACUAGUAAAUCAAAUAGCAAUAACAGUAAUGGUGGUGCCACUAAAUUGCCAUCUACUUCAGCAGCCGCCUGCCUUCAGUUUGGCUAUGACAGCGAACCAUAUCCGCCUCCGCCAACUCCACGUUCGCAUUACCAUAGCGAUGUUCGUAUUGUGCCGGAAUCUUCAUGUCCACCAUCGCCAUCAUCACGCAGUUCUACGUAUUUUUCACCAUUACCACCUCCCCCAUCGCCAGUGCAAUCGCCAAGUCGUGGUUUUACGUAACAUUUCGAGUUUUAUAUCUAAAGACUUACAUUUUUUAUUUUUGUAUAAACGAACAUAAUGUUUACAUAUUAUGUAUUUAUACAG